CAAAAGAGUAGUGCGAGUAGUGUAAUGUCAAAAAAUGAUCAAGCUAAUAAUGCUCUGUGCAAUUUCCCAUCUUCCCAGGUGUUACUGAAGUCCCAAAUACAACAAGCAGGAGGAAUGAUGAAGUAAGGAAGAGUACUGGAGCAAAUGCUAGCAAACGCUACCCAUGCUGAAGCCCUGUCCCGGGAAGUGGCCGGACAUCACUUGUUGAUGGGAAGUAGAGAAUAAAGUCUUUGGUGUUCUUCUCUUUGCUUGUGUAUGCACAACCUUUCGCUUUUGCUUUGCUAAACUGCCUUAUCUCAACCCACAAGUUGCUUUCCAUCUUUUUUUUCUCUCCCCUGCCUGGCUGAGAAGGGGGGUGAUAGAGUGGCUUGGUGGGCACUUGGCAUCCAGCCAGGGUCAACCCACCACAAUCCUUUUUGGUACCUAAUGUGGGGUGAGACAACGACAUUAUAUAUAUGUAUUGCGUGCUAUAAUAAUAGUAGUCAUUGAGUAGCAAGCUACUGUGCGGGGCACGGAGUUUGUCAGCUGCACUGCUUAUCGCUUUAUUUUGCUGAGCUUGGGAACAUGUUAAUACAAACAAUGGCUCUGUGCUUUUCCCUGGCAUUGAUGGCCUUGCUGUGCUGGGGGACCUAUCUUGUGGAGACAAUGAGGGAAUACAUCUCCCUACCCGGAACUGAUGUGGAUACUCUUAUUAUGCAGGCUCCCGCAGUCUUUGUUCAUCCUUACAUGAUCUGUUUAAUACUAAUUAGUACUGUAAGCAUAUUAUGGUGUUUGUGGAAUCUGGUGUCAUCCUGGUAUAAGAGAAAACAAAUUUUGAAUGAGGUGAUGUCGAAAUGUGCCCUGAAGAGACCAGUGCCUGGGUGGCAGGGGGUGUGGAAGGAUUUGGGCAGGUUCCUAGGGCGGUUAUCACCUCCCAUUGCCUGGGACUUUACACCUGAACAGGUAUUCAACCCUGGCAAGCUAACGCAUCACCUGAUAGAAGGGUGCCUUGCCCAACCCAAUGAAAACCAGAGGCUUUUUGCCCUAUACUGGGGCCUGGCCUGUGCCUAUCGAGCCACAGUUCAGUACUCUCAGAGGACUGUAGUGGAGGCAGGGACCCAAACUGCAUUUGAGGACACCAUGGUUGAGAAAGGGACUCAAACCACAACUACUGUAACUGUCCCUGUGGUGGAAAAGAAAAGGGGGACAAGGAGAACUGCAGGUCCAUAUUGUCAGUUAGAAAGAGAGGAAGAAGAAGCCAAAGGAAAAGAACAAGAAGAAGAAGAAGGAGAGGAAGAAGAAGACGAAAAAGAAGAAGAUGAAUCAUCGGGAAAGGAACGAUCUGAUCAAGAAGCCAGUCCUUCAACAAAUAAAUCGGAGAAAGGAGUGAGAGAAUUCAAACAGGAAACGGAAGUCAACCGGUCCCCGACCUCAUCAGAACUUCGAGACUUGCGGGAAGAUUACAGCCGCCAGCCAGGUGAGAGGAUUUCUGCCUGGCUGCUUCGAUGCUGGGAUUAUGGGGCCGACAGUCAGCUACUGGAAGGUAGAGAAGCCCAACAGCUGGGAUCCCUUGCUAGAGAUCGGGGAAUUGAAAGAGGAAUUGGAAAAGAGGCAGCAAUUCACAGUCUCUGGAGACGGCUCCUCUCAAGUGUGAGGGCAAGAUAUCCAUUUAAGGAAGAUCUUGUGAACUCCCCAGGAAAGUGGACUACUGCAGAUGAAGGUAUCCAGUACUUGAGAGAAUUAGCAGUGGUGGAAGUCAUCUAUAGUGAUUUAAAUAAUGAUAGUGUCUCUAAAGAUCCAGAGGAUGUCCCCUGCACAAUGGCCAUGUGGAGGAAGGUGAUUCAAAGUGCCCCUGCUUCUUAUUCUAACAACUUGGCAGCACUGUAUUACCCAGAAAUGGAUACACCAACUGUAGAGAGAGCAUCUUUCUGGCUCAAAAACUUAGAAGAAACCCUCUGUACCUCCUCAUCCCUACAGGCCAGCACCUCAGCUGUUAAGGGCAGCCCAAGAAAUCAGUCUUCUCCUGCCCUGAUCAGAGGGAAAGAGAGUCUCAGACAGAUGACACGUGGUGCACUCUGGUUCUUUCUGUGUGACCAGGGGGAAGAUAUGAGGAAGUGGGAUGGUGAACCCACCUUUAAGCUGGAAGCCCGUGUACGUGAACUGAAAGAGAAGAGAACUGUUAAGAAGGGACCACCCAAGAAGACUGUCAGCAUAGAGUCUGUAGACACACAAUCAGCAAUCUCCCAGACAUAGAAGAACUGAAAUUACCUCUCCUGAUCCUGGUGGAGGGACUUCUGGUCUGGCACUGCAAGGGUCAGACAGCAAAUACUCUGACCAGGAGCAGGAAUAGAGGGUCCCUGCCUUUGGCCAGGAGGAGGAAAGGGAUGACUGGGUAUAUUGGAUUUUAUGGCCUGGCACAUCAGACCCACAGAAAUAUAUAAGGCUUUGGUAGAUACUGAUGCAUAGUGUACGCUGGUGCCAUUGGGGUACAGGGGCACAGAACCCAUCUUGAUCUCUGGAGUGACAAGUGGAUGCCAAAAAUUGUCUGUAUUGGAGGCUGAAGAGAGCUUAACAAGGGACGAGUGGGAAAAGCACCCUUUUAUGACUGGCCCAGAGGCCCUUUGUAUCCUUGGAACUGAGUACCUCAAGAGAGGUACUUCAAGGACCCAAAGGGGUACCAAUGCGUUUUUGGUGUAGCCACUGUGACUACAGAGAAGACCCAGCAGUUGUUUCCUCUCCUGGCCUCUCAGAAGAUCCCUGCAUCGUGGGGUUGCUGCAAGCUGAAGAACAGCAGGUGCAAAUUGCUACCAUAACAGUGCACUGGCAGCAAUACCACACAGAGACUUCCUGGCUCCCAUACCUGAGCUGAUUCAUUAACUGCAGUCAUCAGCAAGACCUUUAAAUAGUCCCACAUGGUCAGUGAAAAAGUCUGAUGGAGGGUGAAGACUGUCAUGGCCUGAAUGAAGCUGAGCGAACUGAACCCUGAACCACUGAGUGUUGCCACAUCAGACAUGUUAGAGCUCCAAUAUGAGUCUAAGGCAGCCAAGUGGUAUUCUACAGGUGACACCGCCAAUGCAUUUUUCUCAAUUCCUUUGGCAGCAGAUUGCAGAUCACAGUGUGCUUUUCACAUGAGGGGGUUAAACCUGGAAUCAACUGCCCCUAUAGUGGAAACAGAGCCCUACCAUAUGUCAUGGAUUAAUCCAAACUGUACUGGAAAUGGGUGAUGCUCCUAAGCAUCUACAUUGACUACAUCAUGGUGGGGAACAACAAGGCAGAAGUGUUUGAGAAGGGAAAAAGAGUAAUUCAGAUUCUUUUGAAAGCUAGGUUUGCUGUAAAGAAAAGCAAGGUCAAGGGACCUGCACAGGAUAUUCAUUCCUUGGGAAUAAAAUGGCAGGAGGGAUGCCAUCAUGUGCCCAUGGAUGCAGUAAACAAGAUAACAGCUAUGUCUCCACCAGCUGACAAGGAGGAAAUACAAGCUUUCCUAGGCCUUGUGGGGUUCUGGAGAAUGUGUGUUCCAGAUUACAGUCAGCUUGUGAGUCCCCUCUACUGAGUGACCCAAAAGAACUAUCUUGAAUGGGGCCCUGAGCAACAGCAAGUCAUUAUGUGCUGCAAUCAAGUGAGCCACGUGAGUAAAAUCUCCCUGGAAGAGAGGACAGUGGCUGGGUUUUCCUUAUGGUGAGGCCUGGCAAAUUGACUGUAUUGGACCACUGCCACAAACAUGCCAAGGCAACUGCUACAUACUGACCAUGGUGGAGGCAACUACUGGUUGUCUAGAAGCAUACCCUGUAAACCAUGCCACUGCUCAAAAGACAAUCUUGGUCAAGAAAAGGUACAUUUUGUGGUAACGUGGUACCCUGGAAAGAAUUGAAUUAGACAAUGGGACUUAUUUUCAGAGUAACUUCAAAAACUCUUGAGCAAAGAAACAUGUCAUUGAGUGGGUGUAUGACAUCCCCUAUCCCUCACAAGCCUCUGGAAAGAUUGAGAGGGUAUAAUGGGUUGCUGAGGACUGUGUUAAGAGCAUUAGGCAAUGGGUCAUGGAAGCAUUGGGAUGGAAAUUUAGCAGAAGCCAUUUGGCUGGUUAACACCAGAGAAUCUGCUAACCGCCCUAGUCCUGCCCAAACAAAAUCCCUGCAUACUGCGGGAGGAGACAAGGUACCCAUAUUACGCAUGGGGAAGUGGCUGGGGAAGUUAGUGUGGAUUUCUCCUCACAUGGGAAAAGGCAAACCCAUCCGUGGGAUUGUCUUUUCUCGAGGACCUGGGUAUACUUGGUGGGUAAUGCAGAAGGAUGGGGAGACACAGUGUGUGCCUCAAGAUUUAACCUUGGGGGGGAAAUAAUCUGUGGUUUAAGUUGUGUGUUGCAGGAAGUAAAGUAGAAGGAAGGACAUGACGAAGAGUGAAUUUUGCAAGGAGCAAGGCGAGUGCAAUGGCAACCCAGGCUGAGCCGCUGUUGGUGCCCAACAAUCGAGUGUGCUGCUUCUCCUGCCCUGAGCACUCAUCUUGGUGGGAUGGAGUCCAAGUCUGUUUCUCUACAUCUGGAGAGUUGGAGGAAGCCCAUGGAAUGGAAAAAUAAUGUCUAUCUAUGAAAGGACUGGGGAUAAUAGUUAAUGAAAAAGUAUCAAUCUGUAUGCUGGGUAUAAAUAUGGUUUAAGGAUGUAGUUAAAGGUGUAAGUGUUGGUAAGAAGAGAUUUCAAUAAUGAGAAGUAAAUACAGUGGAGUAGUUAGAAGAUUAAAUUUUGUGGGUUCUGAGUAUGACACAAAUGGUAUGGAAUAAGCAGUGGAGAUUGUAUUUGGUCUAGCUGAGAGGGAGUUCAUUUUCUCCAUUGCAUUGUUAGCUAGAAAGAAGCUGAUAACACGCCAGUGUUUUGGCUACUGCUGAGCAGUGCUGGCACAGCAUCAGCACUCUCUCUCCAAUGUUCUGCCCCCCAUCAGCAGUCUGGGGAUGUGCAAGAUCUUGGGAGGGGACACAACUAGGACAGCUGACCCAAACUGACCAAAGGGCUAUUCUAAAGCAUAUGAUGUCUGCUUGGAUAUAAAAGACAAGAAAAGGAGGAGGAAGCAGGGGGCAUUCAUUAUUUACAAUAUUUACCUUCCGGAAAAACUGCUACUCGUGCUGAAGCCCUGUCCCAGGAAGUGGCCAGACAUCACUUGUUGAUGGGAAGUAGAGAAUAAAGGCUUUGAUGUUUGUUUCCUUUGCUUGUGCACACACAACCUUUCAUUUUGCUUUAGUAAACUGCCUUAUCCUAACCUA